UUUCAAACGCAACAUCCGCCGGGUGCAGCAGCCAUUUUGUCUGCUCAUGCGGCUCUGAAGAGCGGUUCCCCCUCCGAAAUCGUUCCGAAACGGGCCGCCGCUUCUUUUCCCGAACACCCUAUGGAAAGAGAACCGGGUCUGAGCAGACCCUGCGUGAAUUUUAAGCCAAGCUGCGGGCCGUGUUCUCGGCGUGUUUAGUGCCGCAGCAUGUCUAGCGAGGAGAGCUACCUGGCCAUCCAGCGCUACCUGACGGACGAGCGGCAGCCCUACGCGCCCGGCACGCACGGGAACACCAAGAGGAAGAUCCGCAAGGCGGCCGCCUGCUACAUCGUGCGGGACGGAGUGCUUUACUACCAGCGCCGGCAGAAAGGCCUGGACGAGUUCAGCGAGCUGGAGGUGGUGCUGCAGGCCGAGCGGAGGAAGGAACUGAUCGACGAGGCGCACAUCACCUCCGGAGGAGAGCACCUCAACCAGCAGCUCACCUGGGAGAUCAUCUCGCAGAAGUACUGGUGGAGAGGUAUCCUGAAGCAGGUAAAGGAUUACAUUAAGGACUGUCACUGCCAAUGUAAGCAAGAGCGUGGCAGAAGCAGUGCUGAAGAUGGCACAGGUCAGGCAACUCUCCGCCGUUUGUGUCGACAAAAGGCCCGUACCAGUGAGGAAGAGGAUGAAGAUGACGAAGAAGAUCUUGACGAUGAGCUUAAUCCUUCCUUUCAGAUCAAGUCGAAGGUUACUAAAGUGGACAAACAUGAACUGGUCUUUGUGGACAGCAAGGGUGUCGUAAAACAGUUUCUGCCCAAACACGGCCAGACGAUGCUGGACAAGCUGAAUCAGCAGCGACUAAAUAAUCAGUUUUGUGACAUUACCUUGCUGAUUGAGGGUGAAGAGUAUCGGGCACACAAAGCUGUGCUGGCGUCUUGUAGUGACUACUUCUAUGAACUCUUUGUAGAGAAGGGUGCUGUGUCGAGCCAUGAAGCUGUGGUUGACCUCUCCGGCUUCAGCAAAGCCAGCUUUCUGCCUUUGCUGGAGUUUGCCUAUACCUCCCAGCUAAUGUUCAACUUUUGCGUUAUGGCGGAGGUGGCAACGCUGGCACGGCACCUCCUGAUGCCCGAGGUCCUUCACAUCUGUGAGUCAGUGCACAAGAAGGUGGAAGAGCAGAGGCUGAUGGUCUACCAGCAAGGAGAUGUCCAUACGGUGGUUGCCAGCCAAACUAUGCCCUCUCAGCCUGUCAAUCCUGUGGAGUCUGGAGCUUAUUUGGUUGCCAUGCAGAGUGAUGGUCAGGCAGUGGUCACUCACACUGGACAACCUGAGGCUGGGGAAGCCAUUGCUGUUAUCACAGGUGAGGAUGCAACAGCUGAAUCCCUGGCUUUGCUUGCUGGAGCGACAGUGGAUGGCGAGACAAUGACUGUGGUUACACAUAGUGGACAGGCUGGUUCGGCUGAGUCGCUGGCCAUUGUGGCCCACAGCAAUGAAACUGAAGCGGGGGAGACCAUGACUGUGGUCACUCACUCUGGGCAAGCUGGCUCAAGUGAGUCCCUAGCUGUGGUUCAGGCCUGCUGGACAGUGGAGGAGCCACAAGUAGAGGACACAUCAGUAGCAGAGAGUGUGGAGUCAGGUACGUUUCUUAUUAGUGUAGAUCCAGACAAAGUGGUUCCUACUGAAAAGGUCCAUCUAGCUGUUGUUCCGCCAGUACUGGCUAUUAAGGAGGAAACAGUGGCCCAGCCUGUGGAGCCUCCACCUCAGUCAGAGCCCCCUGCACCACCACCAGCUCCUACGUCUGAAAGAAGGAGAGGGAGGCCCCCUAAAGUGAAACAGGUCCCCCCUCCUCCCCCUCAAGAACCAGAUCCAAUGGAGAUGGAGACUGCAGAGAGUGGUUCAGCUGGAGGAGAAGAGAAGAAAGAGGAGAAAGAAAGUGUUGAUCCUAAUAAGAGGAACCUGAGAAAGCGCUUAAUGACGAAAGGAGGGUAUGUUCGUCUGCACAAGGGACUUGAGAAUGACGAAGAAGACAAAGCAGCAAACACUGUGAAGAAAAUGGUCAAGAGAGGAGGACGCCCAGUGACUCAGGCUGUAAAGAAGCAUUCCACUGACACCUCUGAAAUAGAGACAUCAGAUAACGCAAAGACAUUGACAGAAGGACCCGAGUCAGUGGAAAAAGAGGUGGAAUCUGUUGAGGAGGAAGUCGUGCAGGAGAAAAUGGAGGGAGCAGUGGAUGGAGAACACGCAUGUAGCGAGUGUGGCAUGGUGUUCCAGAGACGUUAUGCCCUCAUUAUGCACACGCUGAAACAUGAGAAGUCACGUGGCUUCAAGUGUACGUUGUGUAAUAAAGAGUUUCAGUAUGCCGCCUCUCUCCGUGCCCACCUGACCCGUCACAAACAUCAGAAGACCCAGAGAGCGUCUGUGACCCGAGGACCAGCGGCUGAAGAAGAGGGGCUAGAGGGGCAGGCUAAAAGCCGCACCAAACGGGAGUUUGUGUGUGACAUUUGUGGGAAAACGCUGCCCAAACUGUACUCUCUGCGCAUCCACAUGUUGAACCACACUGGCGUGAGGCCGCACUCGUGCAGGCUCUGUGGGAAAAGCUUCGCCACCAAACACAGCCUGAAGAUGCACCGAGCGUUACAUGACUCAGCCAGGCGCUUCCACUGCUCUGUUUGUGAGAAGUCCUUUGUUACCAAGAGGAGCCUGGAUGAGCACACCAGCAUUCACACAGGUGAAUCAAAAUAUUUAUGCACACAGUGUGGAAUGUCAUUCCAUCGGGCGUCCGGAUUGAGCAAACACUUGAAAAAGCAUCAACCUAAACCUGAGGUCCGUGCAUUCCAGUGUUCCCACUGUGAUAAAAGCUUCUAUGAGGCGAAGGACCUGCAGCAACACAUGAAUAAGCACUUGGGCCUAAAGCCCUUCCAGUGCCAGGUGUGUGGAAAAUGCUACAGCUGGAAGAAGGACUGGUACUCCCAUGUCAAAUCGCACACAGUCGCAGAACCUUACAGGUGCAAUGUGUGUGGCAAAGAGUUCUUUGAGAAGGCUCUGUUUAGGAGACACGUGAAGAAGGCCACUCACGGAAAGAAGGGCAGAGUGAAGCAGAAUCUGGAGAGAGAGUGUGAACACUGUGGCAGGAAGUUCACUCAGCUCAGAGAGUACAGACGCCACAUGAACAACCAUCAAGGAGUAAAACCAUUUGAGUGUCUGACUUGUGGGGUGGCGUGGGCAGACGCCCGUUCCCUGAAGCGUCAUGUCCGCACACACACCGGUGAGCGCCCUUACGUCUGCCCGCUGUGCCAGGAGGCCCACAUAGAUGCCCGCACACUGCGAAAGCACAUAACUAAGUACCACGGAGACCAUUUGCCAGGGAAGAUCAUGUUGGAGAAGGAUACACUGCAGUUCCAUAACCAGGGCACUCAGGUGGAGCAUGCGGUCAGCAUCCUCAGCCCUGAACUGCCUCCUGAGCUUCAGCCACCACAGCCACCACCUAGUGAAGAGAUCGAGACGGUUCUCAUCACUGAGGAGACGGUUGAAGCAGUAGAGGCUGUGCAGGCGGUAAGCGAGGGGGCUAUUACAACACUUUCAGACCAGAGCAUUAUGCAGGUGGUGAACUAUGUCCUAGCCCAGCAGGCUGGAAUGAAGGUAGAGGAGGCUGCUGACAUCAUUCAGACCAUGGAGGUGGAGGUGGCCCACGUGGCAGAGGUGGAGUGAACGGAAAAUGUACAAAGUGGACUUUAAAGGGAAGUGAUUGGAUAUGGCGUUGCAUUCUAGAUGUCUGCCUCCAAUAUACUCAGCGUAGCCACCUGAAGUCCAAAUGGGUCAGGUUUAUGCUCUCCCCUCUACAUUGCUUUGACACAGACCGAAUGUAAGAAAGUUGUGCAUUUAUUUUUGUUGUAAUAUAUAAUGCUGACACGAGAACCGAUCGUGUUUUCUGGCCUCUCCUCAGCUGGAAUGCAUGUGUGCGCUGCUUUGCCUUGCAGCAUGUGUGGAUGUGUGUGUUGAGUGUACGUAGUGUGUAUAUUGUACAUACAGAAAAAAAUAGUCUGGACAAAUGCCAAUAAUUUACAAUAUAAAUGCAGCACAAAAGUCAAUAGAAAGUCAGCUCUUAUGUACAAAAUUAGCUUUUUUUAACCAGUUGGUUAAGAUUUCUAUGCAUAAUGGAUGUAUGUAUAAUUUUUGGAUUCUUUUGAGUUCAGAUUUUGAAAGCUAUGAUUGACCUCUCAGUGAGGCUACAGUCUGGUUGGUGGUUGACUGUAUAGUGUGGUACAAAUCGUACCUGUAAAUCUCAUGAUUCAACUGCGAUGACAACCAAAUAAAAGCAUUUUGCAGGGCUGUGCCACAAACUGAA